AUGCAACCAGUACGAUCAAAUCGGGAGCUAUUAUAUGAAACAUCUGGUCGUAGUCUAGGAUGUGAUACUGGAUCUUCUGUAGCUGCGCGAACUGAAAUAGCAUCAUUAUUUAAUGAUUAUACCAGUUCACAACGACGUUAUCAUGAUCGUCUAGAAUCUCUCGAACGUGAAAUGGCUUCACUGAAGGGUCAAGUCACUAAUGCUUUUGUGGCGACGCCAAAUGAAAAUGACUUGAAUCGUACAACAUCGAGCAAGAAAUCAUCAACUUCACAACCGGUAUCAGCUCGAGUGGUAAAUACUCCUCGCGCUCCAUUGCCUGCCAAUAAUCCUCGAAAAAUGUCCACUGAUGAAAUACCGGCAAUUUCUACGCAUGAUGGACCUUUUUCACGUCCACAACCUCAAGGAGCUGUUAACCGUAGUAAAAGUUUUCAUAAUGGUGCAACAAAUGCACCACCAUCGCCACCUACCAAUGGUUCAGACGAAUCUAAUCUUCUUCGAUCUUAUAAAGCGCAUCUCGAACAAGUACUUCGUAAAGAUGCACCACUAUUUGCGGAUAUUAAAGUACCAAAUUAUACAUCUAUAGACGAUGUGUUGAAAGCCAAUGAACAACUACUAAUGGAAAAUGAUCGUCUUCGAUCUGAAUUAAAUCGAUUAAAAACAGAAAGUAUUCUAUUACUUCGAUCUAUGAGAGCAAACACUGGCUUGGAACCGAAUUUAGGCAAUGAACGGAUUCUUGCUGAACGUGAACGUCAAGAACUAGCUAUUGAAUUAGCACGGCAAGUAGAAGAAAAUAAACGACUUCGUCGAUCAUUAUUAGCUCAAUCAGCAAAAUUUUUAACAUUACGUCAAACCACGAAUAUUACCGAUGCUGCUUUAUCUACAUCCAAUGAUAAUCGUCUUACUCCUGAAUCUGCCCCACAGCCAACUCUCAAUUUCAAUAGAAUGCAUCAACAUUCAAAAUCAGCACGUUUUAUUGUUGGCAAUCGAGGUACUGCUCGACCUCGAACAUUUAAUCAUGGCUCACACGAUCCAUUGUAA